AUGCUCCUCUGUAGCUCUGCUGCCAUGGCCCAUUACAUUCUCGACUACCCUCAGUCCCGUGGGUUCGACGACGACAAGGAACCCACCGCACCUUGCGGAGGAUUCGACACUGUCGGAAACCGCACACAGUUCCCCCUGUCCAACGGAUUUCUUGAGAUUGAGAGCUUCCACGUAAAGGCCGAUAUCAAGAUUAAUGUUGCCUAUGGAAACGCUCCCUCCGCUGCCGACUUUACGACCGCUGCUGCCACUCCUGCCAGCUCGAUCUCCAUCAACCACCCUGGCCUCGCCUGCCUACCCCUGGACCUCUCCUCUUUCAAUGGUGCCGCCAACAAUACCAAUGCUACCAUCCAGGUCGUCUACAAUGGCGGCGAUAGCCCUCUCUAUCAGUGUGCAGAUGUCGUCCUGGUCACCUCCGCCCCUGCUUUCAACCAGUCCAUGUGUGUGAACAACAGCAACUCGUCCCCUAGCCCUUCGACAAGCGGCUCCGGUACUUCUCCUACCAAUACCUCCGAGGCUGGAGCUGCUCUCUCAGCGAAGGGCAUAUUCACGGCUGCUGUGGCCGUGCUGUUGACCGCUGCUUUGGCUCUCUAG